UAGAAAUGCUACUCAGGCAUUUUUCUAUUGCUCACCGUUUUCCUCUCAUCAAAUCAUCACAGCGUUUGAAAUCUUAUUUCUCAUCAUUGUAAUUACUACUUUGUUCGUUAAUUUUUUUCAUAGUGUUUCUAAUAUUGGUAAAUUGGAGCCAAUUCAAGAAGAGUCCUAUGAACCCGGCCAACUUGUAAUCAACCGCCUUUUCGGUUGCAGAGCAGUCGUUAUGAAAUGUUGGAAUGCAAAACUUGUGGAUAAAAGCAUUGCCACUGGGAAUGUUGAUAUACUUAAAGAAAACGCUGGUGAACAGUCGCUGUCAGAAUCAGAUCUAGAAUCAUUGGCUAAUCCUCCUGGACCUCUUGGAACUAUUCGUGGUUACUCCUUAUUGUUAGAUAUAUCGGAUGCCACGAGUUGUAACUAUUUCUAUUCUGGAAGCACAUAUUUCGCCGACCCUGACAUAAGAACUGAGAUAAAAAAUGAACGAGGAAUGGAUUACGCAUUUCAUGAUGAUCUUAUUCCCUACACUAGCUCCUCACCUGUUCCCGUGAGAAAUUCACUGUUGGGAGACUUCUUUCAAUGGCAUCUGGAUGGAAAGAAAUACUAUCCCGCUGUAAUUAUGAGCGAGUUCAUUGAAAGCAUCAAACCAGCAUUGGAAUUGAGAAGAGUCUAUCGACAGACAACGCACGGUGUACGCGUUACAAUUUUCCCAUUCUUUUUGGGCUCAAUAGGCUCCGAUUUCUAUUGGCGUUACUCAGUUCGUAUUGAGAAUUUAACUUCUGAACCACUAACUCUAAGAGAGCGAUUUUGGAAAAUUUAUUCUAUGAAGGGAAAACUUGAGACGAUUUCUGGUAAAGGAGUAAUCGGGAAAGAACCCGUACUAACUACAAGUACUCCUGUUUUCCAGUACCACAGUCACACAAUCACCAAAAUACCUAACACCUAUAUGUGGGGCAUUUACAGGUUUCAGAAGCCUUCUGGCGCGACAAUAGAUGUAAAAAUUCCCAAUGUCGCGCUGAAAUACUCUCCAGAUGAGGUAAAGCCGUCAGACCAAGUCGUUGAAACUGAACCCGAACCUACUGAUAAAUAG